CUUGUGACGCUUCUCAACGGCUCUUGAACGCAACUCCUCCCCAACGAGCGCAUGCCCCCCGUUGUUACCAGCAAACCGCGCAGAAGAUUGACAGCAACUUGAUUCAUUUGACGCAAACCUUGUCGCGUGGAAACACGAAGCAUUUAUAAACUUUUCAGCUUAUGCAGGUGAGCGACAGUAACACAACACGCAGAGGUGGCAGCCAAAAGUUAGAGUAAGUUGAUAGCUAGCAUUUUUCGCUUUCACUUUCUCCCAUGACAACGACCCCCCUCAGCUCAUUAAUUUCUCAUUAGCUUGGUUAAUUAAACGUCAACUUAACGUUAGCUGACAGAGCGACAUCCGGAGAUGAGUGAAGGACGUUUAAGGACGUCUCGAUAGUUCGUUAUUGUUCAGCAAAUAUCCCACCUGGAAGAGUUGCGACAUGCCAGACGUUAAACCCCACACAUUACCAUCCAUGGAAGGACUAGCUAGUCAGCAAGCAGACCUUCAGGCUGUCUGCACUGGUAGACGUCGGACUUGUGCUUUACUGAACACUCCCUCACCAUGUGCCAGCAGUGCUAUCUGCCAUAUCCAAGACAUAAGGAGUCGAUUAAAAAUCUGGUUUCAGAAGCCUAGAAUAUGUCGACCAGAGAUUGAUCCAGAUAAUCCCCAAAACAGCGAAACCGUAAGACUUCAGGGACUCUCUUUGAAAGUCUUAGAUUCUGAUUCUACAGACUUGUAUGUUGAAGGGAUAGCGAUUACUGCAAGAGGUUAUCAAAAAUCACCUCUACAGAAGAAAAUAGAAGAUGUCCUCUCUGAAGUCAUGCAUCUGGUUGAGCGUUUGGAGGCUGAUCGUCAGUUUGCAGAGGAAGCUCUGCAGAAAGAGAAGAGAAUACGAAGCGCCUUAGUGAGCAAAACUGACGGUAUUUCACUGUGGAAGCUAUCCGAGCAUCCCGCAAUUAUUCAGAAAGAGCACGAGGCUUGCAGUAGAGACAUCGCUGAGUUGAAAUGGCAGCUUAAACUGGAAAAUCAGAAAGUUGACGAGGUCCAGGAGAAAUUGUUGCAGGCUGAACUGCUCAACCAGAAAUUACAAGAAGAUAUUGAGUUUGCCAGAAACCAAAUCCCCAUUGUAACAGAAAACAUUGACCGCCAGAAAGGCGUUAUACAUCUACUUGGAAUUGCCCAAGCUGAGGCUGACGACAUUCAAGCAAGCACAAAACAAGAUCUCCUCCAGAUUGAGAUGGAGCUUAGAAAGAUGGAAACUGAAGCCGACUUAGAAAGGAUGGCACAUGAGCACAGACAUGAGGAAAAAUUACACGAGCUAGAUGACAGAUUGAAAGAAUUAAACAGGUUGAAGAUGCAUAAGAAAAAUCUGCUUACUGGGAUCAAGAAAACAAAAGAAACUAUCCUUCAUAAAGAAAAGAAGCAGAGAGAGCUUGUUACUCGACUCCCUGAAAUUGCUAAGCUUGAGAAAAUGGAAGAAGACAAAAUUUCACAUCUCAAUCUUGAAAUUGAGAAUAAAGUAAAAAUAAAUCAACAACUUGGAGGCAAACUAAUGUCAAUAAAAGCAAAAUAUGAAACAAGGAAUUCCAUAUGCAAAGCAGAACUUACCUUUACAACGGCACAUCUUCAUUCAAGAAAUGAAGCUCUUGAAGCCUUAUUGAAAGAAAAUAAGGAUUAUGAACAGAAGAUUGAUGACUACAAGACGAAAAUUUGUAAGAGCGAAAAAGAUGUGAAGCAGAUGCGUGCAGAGACGAAACUGAUGCUCCAGAAAAUCACUGACGAUGACGAGCAUUGGGAAAAGGCCAAGGAGGAAUUGACUGAGGUUACAGAGCAGAAUAGUAACGCAAAGGCUAAACUGGACUUUCAGGAGAGUCUUAUCGUCAAGGAGGACCAUGACGCCAUGAUAUUUAUUGAGAGUCUGAGAAAAGAACUGACUCACCGCCUGAGUACUAUAGAGAAUCUAAAGAGGCAGGUUGCAGAAAUCAAUUUGGAACUAAAGGAACAUGAAGAACGUUCACAACUCACCAAUCGAGGACUGCAGAAAGAAUUUGAUGAAUCAUACUCUGCAACACAAGCUCUGGAGGCUAAAGUGAAGAGAAUGAAGGAACUGGUAGAAAACUUUGAAAAGAUUCAAAGUGAACAUGAAGAGGCAUUAGCCGACCUAGAGAAGGACACCAGGUUGAAAAGGGACCAGCUUAAAGCUGCUACGGAUUUACAUGGUGGCACCUUAAAGAGAAUUAAAGAUAAUAAUGCUAGGUGUACUGUUCUUAUGAAUAAAAGUAAAGAAUACCAAGAGUCUUCUCAUGAAAUGGAAAAAUAUACUGAAGAUAUUCCAAAAAUCAUAGCAGAGCUUGAAAAAGAUUUAGAUGUGGUGGACUUCAAAAACAAAUCAGCUGCUCACACCGUGAGCACCUUGCAGUCAGAUAUUAAUAACUGGCAGCUCCGAACGCAGCGACUCGAGAGGACAAGCUUGGCUCAUCUCAAAGAAAGAAGAAAACUAGCGCAAGACACAAAGGGACUCCUGGAGGUUGAACGUGCUGAAAACGAACGACUAGCAAUCGAGUAUAAAGGUCUGAAGAAGAUGCUUUUGGAAGCCAGGCAGGAGUCAGUAUCUGUACUGAGAGUGAAAAACCAUGCACAUAAAAGGUGUAGCUAUUACACAGAGCUCUCUUUGUUGCAGAAGAGGAUGCACAAGGUUUUGGUAAAAUACUUAGAACAACGCAGCCUCCGCUUCUUGGUUGACCUGGAAGAGUGCCAGACUGUUGCCCGAAAAACUUCCCAGAAAAUAACAACUGCCCAGGGAAAGUUGUCGAAAGAAAUUCAGCUUCUCUCAGCGUUUCUACAGUCUGUCAGAGAGAGCUCUACCACCACCAAAAACGCUGAGAAGAGCAAGCAAACCAGUCCAGAUGCUUCUGAAGUGAAUGAGCAGAAACCUCCAGUUCAAGUAGCAGUGUAAUUGGACAUUCACCUGUACGAGACAACUUACUUACCCUAGCAUGCUUCACUAUCUCCCCCCCCCUCUUCACUUGCAGCAAAUCCAUAACAAUGAAACAGGUGACUUUCAUGCUGCUGUCAGGACUGAUCUAAUUUUAGCUGGGUGAAUGAUUGCAAUUGGCUUUGCCUCAUCAGAUAAUUAAUCUAUGUCACCAUUAAUUGGAAAAGAGAAUAAUUACAGGCAGUGUUGACAGAAAUUCUACGCUUCUCCAGAUUUCAAGAUCUAAUUACAACUAGUGAAACCUCGUGACCUUAAGUAGCACUUAGUGCACUUUGGCCACUUUGACCACGUCCAUGUGACCACCGUCUUGAGGAAAGCACCCUGUUUUUGUUACGGUACCCCGCUCUCCUCCGAUGUCUUCACCCACUGAAAGCUGUCUCCCUCAAUCACUUUUCAAUAUUCAAUCUUAAUUUUGUGGAAGUUUAGCAUUUUCAAUGAGCUGGAGAUGAAUGAUUAAUGAAUAAAUUUAAAUGCUUCAUUUUG